AUGGAAUCCGAAAUCCACAAUCUGGAGCAGAUAGCAUACGGCGCAGUUCUCCGGGCUUUCAAGGCGCAAUCGAAUGCGCUCACAUGGGAGAAAGAAGGUCUGAUAACAGAACUCCGGAAGGAACUAAGAGUCUCAGACGAUGAGCAUCGCGAAUUACUUACCGAGGUCAAUGCUGAUGACCUAAUUCGCAGGAUCAGGGAGUGGAGAGAGGCAGGAGGGAGCCGAAUUGUGGGCCCCAACGGUGCUAACAAUCAGUUACAGAGCCCAACAGUUUCUGCAUCUCGCAAAAGACCGAAGGCAUCCCUAUCGGGAAAUCCAUUUGGCACACAAUCUCAGACGGUGACUGGUACCACACUUCCAUUAGCUUCAGCUUCUAAAUGGGGGCAUAAUUCAGGGAUUGGUGGGCGAAGGACUAAUGCUGGUCAGCCCGCAUUUGCCCCAGCAAAACCUGUGCAACAUCAGUUCAUAGAUCAUAUUUCUUCUGUGGCUCCUGUGGAUGACCUUUCUGAAAGUGUGCGUGACUCAUUAGUUGGCCGAAGGGUGAUGAUAAGAUGGCCUGCAGACAAUAACUUCUAUGAGGCUCUAAUAACUGAAUACAAUCCAGUGGAUGGCUGCCAUUCUUUGGUUUAUGAUAGCAAUACUCCUAAUGCAACAUUGGAAUGGGUUAAUAUCAAAGAGGUUCCGCCGGAGGAUAUCCGGUGGGUGGGUGAUGAUCCUGUAACAUCUCGGUUGGGUGAGAUGGGUGGACCUAACUCUGGAAGAGGGAGAUUGUCUUCAAUGAACCCAUUUGCCAAAGAAAUCAGGCUUCCAGUGAACGAAACUAUAAGGGACGAUUAUGAGGAAAUUGAAAUAUUGCAUACUGACACCUUGAUUAAGAAGGUGGAGAAGGUGCUUGAUGCAACCCAUCCUGAUCUAGCAGAGAUUCACAAGGCUAAGAAGAUGCUUAAGGAACACGAACAAACACUGAUUCAAGUUAUUGAGAAGCUUGCGGCUGUAUGUGACAGUGAUGAUGACCAUCCAUCCGAGCAAGGGCACUCUGGUGGCCAGAUCACCUAA